CGUGUUUGGAAACUGGCAACUGACAACUUGUUAAGUUCACGUCAAGCGGCUGUUAGUUGGGCACAGGGCAAAGGUCGUCCAUGAAGUGGCGCCAAUUAGUGGCACGCCAGGUGCUGCAGCUGCAAAUGCAUUGCAGCAGCUCGAGCUAUGAGCAUUGCCCUCCUGCGUACAGCCAGUUGUUUAUCAACAAUGAAUUCGUUGAUGCCGUUUCGGGCAAAACCUUUGCCACCCACAAUCCGGCAACGGGCAAGGAGAUCAGCCAGGUGGCCGAGGGCAAUAAGGCUGAUGUCGACCGUGCUGUGGCUGCAGCCAAGAAGGCCUUUCAUCGCGGCUCCGCCUGGCGUCAAAUGAGUCCGUUGCAGCGCACCAAUCUGAUGAACAAACUCUGCGAGCUGAUGGAGCGCGACAAACAGUUUUUGGCCAGCAUUGAGACCCAGGACAAUGGCAAACCCUUUGCGGAGGCACUCUUCGAUGUGACCAUCUCGAUUAUGACGCUGCAGUAUUAUGCUGGCUGGACGGACAAGUUCUUUGGUGACACCAUCCCCGCCGGUGGUUUCGUUGCGAUGACACGCAAGGAGCCAGUUGGCGUUGUCGGUCAGAUAAUACCCUGGAAUUAUCCACUGUUGAUGUUGGCCUGGAAAUGGGGUCCCGCACUGGCCGUUGGCUGCACCAUUGUCAUGAAGCCCGCCGAGCAGACGCCACUCACAGCCUUGCACAUGGCCGCACUGGCCAAGGAGGCGGGUUUUCCGGCGGGCGUCAUCAAUGUGAUAAAUGGCUUUGGACCUACCGCUGGAGCCGCAAUCAGUGAACACCCGGACAUUGCCAAGGUGGCGUUUACCGGCUCCGUGGACAUAGGACGCAUUGUUAUGCAGGCGGCAGCAACAUCGAAUCUGAAGCGCGUAUCCCUGGAGCUGGGCGGCAAGAGUCCCGUCGUUGUGUUCGAGGAUGCGGACAUUGACUAUGCUGUGGAGACCGCCCAUGAGGCGCUGUUCUCCAAUCACGGCCAGAGCUGCUGCGCCGGCAGUCGCACCUAUGUGCACGAGAAGAUCUACGACAAGUUUGUCGAGAAGGCGGCCGCCAAGGCCAAGGCACGCACAGUGGGCAAUCCCUUCGAGGAGACCACUCUGCAGGGCCCGCAAAUCGAUGAGGAGAUGAUGACCAAGGUAUUGGGCUACAUUGAGAGUGGCAAGCAGCAGGGCGCCAAGCUGCAGGCGGGCGGCAAGCGUAUUGGCAAUGUGGGCUACUUCAUCGAACCGACCGUCUUCUCCGACGUCAAGGAUGACAUGCGCAUUGCCCAGGAGGAGAUCUUUGGACCCGUUCAGUCCAUCUUCAAGUUCAGCUCCAUCGAUGAGAUGAUUGAGCGUGCCAACAAUGUGCAGUACGGCCUCGCCGCCGGCGUCAUCACCAACGACAUCAACAAGGCCAUGAAGUUCGCCAAUAGCGUCGAUGCCGGCUCCGUUUGGAUCAAUUGCUAUGAUGCCGUCCUGCCGCAGACACCCUUCGGUGGCUACAAGCACUCCGGCAUUGGUCGCGAACUUGGCAAAGACGGUCUGGACAACUAUCUGGAGACCAAGACAAUUACCAUGAAGCUGCUGUAAGGUGGACAGCAUCUGGUCCUUUCUGUUUUCUGUUUGUAUUGGAAUAUUUGUAUUUUAUUUGCACCUUCCGGCUUUAUGGUUAGACUAUUGCAUUUCAAUUAAAACUAUUUGUUGGAAACUAAAAACGAUUAUAUUAUAAAUUAAAACGAGGCACGAGUUUACUUAGCUUAAGCUUAGAUAAUAUCAUUCAAUUGUUCGAAACCUUUUUGUUUUCGUACGUUGGAAGUUUAGCAGACUUCAAAUCGGAACUUGAAAUUGCCUUUACCCUUGCAGAGAAUGUUAUUAUGCUCACGGGCAGACUUUAAACUGAUAUAUAUACAUAUAUAUUGGGCUAUCAUAUAACUAUCUCAUAUGACAGCGAAUCGCUCAAUAAGGGAAACUUUUUUGUUGUCCGAGUUAUCUUGACCAAACUGGGCCUUAAUGUGCCUAUAUGUGCCCAAAAUCUUAUCUACAUCAGACACCUACAUCAUAUAGCUCUAUAAAGCCUCCAAAAGCUUAAUUAUUGACCGAUAAAUCUUAACUUUACCAGGUACCAGCAUUAUUAUGUAUAUUACACUCUGGGGAAAAAUUGGAAGAACAUGGUAUUACCCUAUAUUCCUUCCUAUCCACCUGCUAGCAAGGAUUUCUGAAAAGUUGAGUAUGGUAACAUUUUUGGGUUUCAAUAUGUCUCAGCAUUAUUAUAUUCCGAAUUGAGGGUAACAUUUUUGCUUAAUCGGACUACAGUAUUAAGUAGCUUCCUUGGAAAGUCCUCUGCAAGGGUACUUAAUAUUCGGCAAGCCGAAACUAACUUCUCUUGUUCGCUUGUUUCAUUUUGUUCUAGUAUUUCUUCUUAAACCCUGAUUUGUUCGCCAAAACAAUCGUAUAUAAAAAUAAACCUGAGAUUUCUGAUGUGCUUC